AUGUCUCCCGUCGCUGCUGGUCGUUCGGAGAAGGAGUCCAACCUGGCUAGGUUGCUGGGAUCCGGCUCUGCUGGUAUCGCCGAGUUGGCCAUUUUCCAUCCUGUCGAUACCAUUGCUAAGCGUCUGAUGUCCAACGAGACCAAGAUCUCCAACGCCGCCGAGCUCAACAAGGUCAUCUUCAAGAAGACCGCCGACGCCCCCUUCAGCCGCAAAUUCGUCUCCCUCUUCCCCGGUCUCGGCUACGCCGCCGGCUACAAGGUCCUCCAGCGCAUCUACAAGUACGGCGGCCAGCCCAUGGCCCGCGACUUCCUCGGCACGCACUACGGCAAGGAUUUCGAGAACGCCUUUGGCAAGAAGACGGGCAAGGCCAUCAUGCACUCGACCGCCGGCUCUUUGAUCGGCAUCGGCGAGAUCGUCCUUUUGCCCUUGGACGUCCUCAAGAUCAAGCGCCAGACCAACCCCGAGGCCUUCAAGGGCCGCGGCGUCUUCGCCAUCAUCAAGGACGAGGGCUUCGGCAACUUGUACCGCGGCUGGGGCUGGACUGCCGCCCGUAACGCUCCCGGAUCCUUCGCCCUCUUCGGCGGUUCCGCCUUCGCCAAGGAGUUCCUUUUCGGUCUGAACGACUACAACAAGGCCACGUGGUUCGAGAACUUUGUCGCCUCUAUUGCUGGCGCUUCCGCCUCGCUCGUCGUCUCCGCUCCCCUUGAUGUCAUCAAGACCCGCAUCCAGAACCGCAACUUCGACAACCCCGAGUCGGGCUUCCGCAUCUUGACCAACAUGGCCAAGAACGAGGGCGCCGGUGCCUUCUUCAAGGGUCUUGUUCCCAAGCUCUUGAUGACUGGUCCUAAGCUCGUCUUCUCCUUCUGGCUGGCGCAGACUUUGAUUCCUGCUUUUGAUGUUGCUUUCAGGAAGUAA